AUGCCUCACAAAACUUCAAAGAAUCCCCCAGACAGCAAAACGCGCUCCAAAAAGGACAAAUCAUCUGGUCAUCAUCAUGGAGCACAGGCUGCCAAAAAACAAGAGAGUACAUCGCAGCAGCAGACCUGGAAGCAGCAAGAAAGCCACCUAGCAACUGGGGAAAAUCAUGUUAUUGAGAACAUUGAGGGUGGGCUCGAAGCCAAGGAGGCUAAACUUGUAAAGGAGACCAGUGUGGGAACUGAGAAGGGCACGGGCAAGCCUCAUGGCAAGAAGAAAAAGAAACAUGGUCACAAAGCAUCGGCUAAUCAUGAAACAGAGGCAUCAGUUGAUGUAGAGCAUGGAGCAAAACCAAAAUCUGCAAAAGAAAAGGUGGAUAUGUUGGAGGGGAUCAAAGCUGAAAAAGUUCAGUGGGAUGAAAAUCAGUCUGUUGUCGAAGCAAAAACCCAGCAGCCAGAAGAUAUUGUGUCUCUGGAAGCUCCCCAUCUCUCUGAUCUUCAAGAGAUCACGAAUGACGAUGUUAUUAAAAAGAGACGCGUGUCAGGGGAUAAGUUUGGCAAAAUUCUCAGUGCUUUGGAGUCCAAGCUAUCAAAGACUGAUACUCCGUUAAAAGCAAAAGGGGAAGAGACUCAGCCAAAAACCACAGCUGUUCAGAAGAAAGCACACGGCGAAGUGGUCAAACAGAAGAUCCCUCCAAAGGAAGAUCCGAAAGUGGUAGAGGCCAUCCAGGUAGUGUCGGUGAGCGGAGACCCUCAGAGUAUGUGUCUUUGGUGUCAGUUUGCUGGAGUGCACUCAGACUACACUGUGACCUGGAGCAGAGACGGCGCACCACUGGCUCAGAUUAACAGAAGUGCAGGAGAUGAGAGCAGAGUGUCAGUGAUCAUCACCAAUGCUUCCCACAAAGAUCUGGGCAAGUACGAGUGCCAGCUCAGCUGCUCCCAUGGCUCUGUCUGCCUAGACUACGUGCUCACAUAUGAAGUUUUAAGUGAGAUUGUGAUACCUGCAUCCCCAAAGAUAAUUUCAUCUAUGCCUGAAGAGUUGUGCAGUGAAGAGGAGGAUGCUCACUGCUCGAGGCUCUUGUUCAAAGAGGAUUUCCUGUCGGAUCAGUACUUUGGAGAGAACCACCCCAUCAGCAUACUCACAGAAAAAGUUCACUUUGGCGAGGGCAUGCAUCGGCGGGCUUUCCGGACGAAGCUGAAGGCGGGUCAGAUCCCCUGCUAGUACCGGGACUCUCCUGCGUGCUCAAGGUGCACAACGCUAUCAGCUACGGGACCAAUAACAACGACGACCUGCUUCAGAAGAAUUUCCAUUUGGCUGUAGAGGAGUGUCAGGUCCAGAACACAGCGAGGGAGUACAUUAAGGCUUACACAUCAGCAGCUCAGUCUGUCGAAGCCUUCGGAGACGUCCCAGAGAUCAUUCCCAUCUACCUUAUCCACCGUCCAUCCAAUGAUAUCCCUACGCAACACUGGAAGAGGAGCUCAUCGGAGACUUUGUCAAGUAUUCUGUGAAGGACGGUAAAGAGAUCAACGUGAUGAGACGGGACUCGGAGGCAGGGCAGAAAUGCUGCGCUUUCCAACACUGGGUCUACCAUAACACAGAGGGCAAUCUGCUGGUUACUGACAUGCAAGGAGUGGGCAUGAAGCUUACUGAUGUGGGGAUAGCAACUUGUAAGAAAGGGUAUAAGGGAUUCAAAGGAAAUUGUGCAACCUCCUUUAUUGACCAGUUUAAAGCUCUGCAUCAAUGCAACAAGUAUUGUGAGAUCCUGGGACUCAAAUCUCUCCAGCCUAA